CGCAGUGAUGAUACUGUUGUGAGGACGGACGCAGGGUGUUCGGAAUGGAAACCCAACUAUGGUGCAUUACCCUUAUCCUUCUCCCUCUAGUGAACUGUGCCAACCCAAACGCCCGACAGAAGCGCAUAGUCUACUAUCGUGAAGUGUGCUUUGAUGGGAUCGGUUGCUUCAACAACUCGGCUCCGUUCGACAACGCAGAAGGUAUCCUACCGGAUUCGCCCGAUGUCGUUGGCACACAGUUCCUGUUAAUGACGCGAGGGAAUGAGGUCCCAGACCCUCUGAGAUACAAUGACUCCGCCAGUCUCAGGUUGUCGCAUUUUGACCCUGCCAAGGAUGUAGUGUUUCUCAUCCACGGGUUUGCCCAGACUGGUGCAGCAGAUUGGGUGAAACCAAUGGUAGAUGCUCUCUUGGAAAAGGGCGACUUGAAUGUUGUCAUAGUGGACUGGGGCCCUGGCGCCACGUUUCCUCACUACAUGCAAGCGACAGCCAACACCCGCUUGGUUGGCAGGCAGAUGAACAGAAUGAUACAGCACAUGGUUGAGAUGGGAUCGAACCCUUGGACAACGCACUUGAUCGGCCACAGCUUAGGGGCGCAUAUUGCCGGUUAUGCUGGCGAGGACUUGGACAGCAAGCUGGGACAAAUCACAGGUCUAGAUCCUGCUGAUCCACUAUUCGACGGAGGAGCCCCACAGGUGCGUCUAGACUCCACGGAUGCCAACUUCGUGGGCGUCGUCCACACUAACGGCGAACCUAUCUACCUCGGCGGGUACGGCAUGUAUUCCGAAGUCGGUCAUGCGGACUUCUACAUCAAUGGGGGCCAAAUACAACCAGGAUGCAGUUCCAACUUUGACUCGCUCAUCUCGGAUAUAUUGAAAGGAAAGGUAACUGACGCAAUGGAUGCCAUGACCUGCAGUCACAGUCGGUCGCAUGAUCUAUACCUCGAAUCUAUCAGAUCUACAAACUGCAUCUUCGUGGCUUACCAAUGCAACAACACAGAUGAGUUUAAUGCUGGUCGUUGUUUGUCCUGUGGGAACAGACGUUGCGCAAAGAUGGGAUAUGACGUCAAUAUCACGCAUGCGCGGGGGAAAUAUUUCAUGAAGACGAGAGCGCAGGAACCAUAUUGUGGCUUACAUUAUGGUGUGACAUUGGAUACAGCCGCGGGUGGUGAAACUAAAGGACAGAUCAUUAUCACCUUCAUAGGCACGGAAGGCAAUGUCAGUGAUCCAAUACAACUCUUUCACGAUGAUACCGAGCUCCGCCCAGGCAAUCCCCAUGAGUAUGUGGUGGUUGUCUCUCACGAGGUGAACGACAUCGCCGAGAUAGAGAUUACCUACAAGAAGCAUUCGUCUUGGAUCGUAUGGACUGAUGGAAUGGACCAUUGGCUGCCCGAGUAUAUUGAAAUCACCCCUGGGGGAAAGUUUAGCAGAGAUACGAAGUGGUUCUGUUUAAAGGGCAUGUCAAUACGGGACAACACACCAACACGAAUCAAACACGCCAAAGGUAAAUGCUGAUAUGGAAAUAAAUUUAUUGACAAGAAGGAAAAAAAUAUAUUGU